GUUUCUGCAAAUUGCUUUGUUUCUUCUCUCAUAACCGCUCUCUCUUUCAAUUUGAACUUCAACAAAAGGAAAGCAUUGGUACACACGCGCGCACACUUACACACACUCUCUCUUCUUUAAUUGAAAAGCCUUGUUGCUUUCAUUUCCUAAGCUCUCUCUCGAAUCUACAGAAACCUAGAAAGGGGGGUUUUCCUUUCGCUUUUCCGAUUUGCGAUUGAGUUAAGAGUGAAUCAAUUCCUUGUUGUAAAGUAGGCUUUUUUUUUCUCCUUUUCCCCUUUUGUGGGAUUUCGUCCAUUUACUUGAAGGGAAUCUAGUUCUCCCCUUCCUCCCCCCUGUGUCUCUUUCCACCACGAUCUCCAUUACACCUUCAAGUGGUCGUUAAUCGCUUAUAUCUCGCUGUUUUCACGGUACCCACAAAAAAAAAAAAAAAAAACUGCUCCCCUUCUCUCUGUUCAAAAGAGAGAUUAAGGAAAAAGUUCGAACCUUUCUUCACUUUCAAUCUAAUAGCCCCUGUUUCUUCUCGCAUAAGCUUCAGCUGAAACCAUGGAGAGCAGAUUAUGGUUUCUGCUUCUGGGGGUGUUGCUCCGAUGGUGUUCUUCUUGUUCCGUUGCGAAUGGUUUAGGGGUAAAUUGGGGGACCAUGGCUACUCACAUGCUACCGCCCAAGACAGUUGUGCAGAGGUUGAAGGACAAUGGGUUCCAGAAAGUGAAGCUAUUCGAUGCUGAUUCCACCACCAUGAAUGCUCUUGCUGGGAGCAACAUCGAGGUUAUGGUGGCUAUCCCUAACGAUCAGCUUCAGGCUAUGACUGACUAUGGCAAUGCUCAAGAAUGGGUUAAGAGAAACAUUUCUCGGUUCAACUUCAAUGGUGGUGUUAAUAUCAAGUAUGUGGCAGUAGGGAAUGAGCCAUUCCUGAAGACAUACAACAACUCAUUCAUAAACGUCACAUUCCCAGCACUCCAGAACAUCCAAAACGCCCUCAACGAAGCUGACGUCGGAGACACCAUUAAGGCCACCGUUCCCCUAAACGCCGACGUAUACAUGUCUCCGGACGACCAGCCAUACCCAUCCGCGGGAAGGUUCCGGCCCGACAUCAACGACCUAAUGACUGAAAUCGUCCAGUUCAUGAACAAGAAUAAUGCACCUUUCACGGUGAACAUCUACCCUUCCUUAGUCUCUACGGCAACGACAACUUCCCUUUUGACUACGCCUUCUUCGACGGAGUAGCUCAGCCGGUCGUCGACAAGGGCACCGGGUUGGUGUUCGACGCUAACUUCGACACUUUGGUGUCGGCCCUCAAGGCCGUGGGACUCGGUGACAUGACGAUCAUGGUUGGGGAAGUGGGAUGGCCGACGGAUGGUGAUAAGAAUGGCAAUGUCGGCAAUGCUUACCGGUUCUACAAUGGUCUAAUGCCCAGGCUCGCGGCGAACAGAGGUACACCACUUCGACCUGGCUACAUUGAGGUCUACCUCUUCGGCCUUCUCGACGAGGAUGCCAAGAGCAUUGCUCCUGGCAGCUUCGAGCGGCACUGGGGGAUCUUUAGGUACGACGAGCAGCCCAAAUUCGUUCUGGACAUCUCAGGGCAAGGCCAGAACAAGUUUCUCGUAGGUGCAAGAGGUGUGGAUUACUUGCCCCAGAAGUGGUGCGCGUUCAAUCCGAAUGCUAAGGAUCUGAGCAAGCUGGCCGACAAUAUCAGCUACGUGUGUACGUUCUCUGAUUGCACGGCGCUCGGGUAUGGGUCGUCGUGCAACGAGCUUGAUGCGAACGGGAACGCGUCGUAUGCAUUCAACAUGUACUACCAGGUUCAGAAUCAGGAUGAUUUGGCGUGUAAUUUCGAAGGGCUGGCUAGUGUUACGACAUAGAAUAUAUCUCAGGGGAAUUGCAAUUUCAUGAUCCAGAUUGCUACUUCUUCGGCUGGAAUUCGUGGGCCUUCUGUUGUUGUAGUUGUUCUUGUGGCGGGGCUUGUUACGGUAUAGAUGAGAUGAAGAGGAAGGAGAAGUGGGGGUUUAGUUUUGGUUUGCCAUCUUGUAGAUACCAUUUUGAGAUGCGGAACAUUUCCCCCUAUACUAUAUACCAUCAUUUUGUUAGUUUUUUUUAACCUUGUGGUGGUUCUUUUUUAGGAGGAUGUUUAUGGAUUACAUGAUGCUUCUGGUUGUUUUGAAAUAAUAUGCUUUCACACCAUUUGUUUUGUUCUCGUGACGGAGGAGCAACGAUUUGGUCCACAUAUCGAAUCAAUAUUUGCUUGAAUUGAGUUAAGUUUCAUGAAUUAUGUAUUUAUGCUUAAAGGAAAAGG